UAAUCACUAAGAGUUGCCAAGUAAACAAAGACAACAUGGAGGAUACAAGUGACAACCAGAGUUCUCGAAAGUUGCCUCCAAUAUCACCCCGGUCUCUCCCUUUAACAAAACCACCCCGUUCGACAUCGAAGGGCAAAGUGAAUGAAAGUUUUACAAAAUCCCCACCUUUGAAAGAGAAACCAAUUCCCUCCCCGCGCAGAAAUAGCCGCCAGUUGCCCCCUUUGCAGGCCUCGAACGAAAGCAUCUCUGAAACAGCAACUAAGAAGAAAAAGAAGAAAAAGGUUAUUGAUUCUCAAAGUUCAUCUGGUGAAACAUUACAAACCGAACAAGACAUCAAUAAUGGUAGUCAGACGAGUGUUGUUCCCAAGAAAAGGAAGAAAAAGAAAAAGCAAGAAGAGAUGCAGUUGUCGAGUACCCUCUUGAAUUACCUGGGUGGCAUGGAAGAAGAUGUUGUUGAAAAUAAAGAACCAGCUGAUGAAAUGGUUCAGCCUGUAAAAAAUGCCAUCAUCACAAGUCAACCUGUUGAUAAGCUAUUUAUUGAAACCAAAAGGAGUUUCAAGACUGAAGUUAAGAGCAAACUUACUGCAGAUAAAACAAAAGAAAAACUGAAACUGGAACAAUAUGGUGAUGGUUUUGUUACAUUGCCACAGACCUCCUUAGAAUUUGCUAUCAAAACUCAUCGUAUGUGGCAGACUUUCUGUUUGUUCUUCCAUGGCCUCACGGCAGGAAUUGGUCUGUGGCAGGUUGUCAUUGUAUAUAUAUUUGAAUAUAACCAUCAACAGGAGUUUGUAGAGAGUUACAAAAUAAUGGCCUUACCUGUUCAGAGUUUAUUCUAUGGCUUGUUAGUUAUCUGCUUGGUUUCUGCAUGUGACAGGUAUGAUAUCAGUAACAUCAACAAGCAAUUCAUGUUGGAUGCUGUGACUCUCAAGUCAGGAGCUCUUUCAGUUGUCAUCUACUUCAUCUGUAUUGUGAUGCAUGUGAGUGUUGUGCACAUCGAUGACAAGAUGUUUCUUUACAACAUGACUUCUCUCUUCAACAACACACAAGAAUUUUCAGAGGAUCUUGCGACUUGGAAGAUCAUCAACCUACUCCGAGGUGUGGCAGUCAUACUGGGGUGGCUUUUGCUGUCGAUUUUCCCCAAUACUGACCGUCUGGUCGAGAAUCUAUCGGAAAGUGUUGGCGACAUUCUUGGCCCACACACAAGAACUCAAAAUAUUUCUACCAUUUCCUAAAAAUACAUCAUCAUCAUUAUCAUUGACAAGGUGCGAGUGAGCAGAAUUGUUGCCAUUCUGAACAAAAUGCUUCAUGGCAUUUCUUCCAGCACUUUAUGUUCUGUGUUCAAAUUCUGCCGAGGUCAACUUUGCCUUUAAACCUUUUGGGAUCAAUACAAAUAAAUACCAGUUAUGCACUGGGGUUGAUGAAUUCAACUUCCUCCUUCCCUCAAAAUUACUAGCCUUGUGCCUAUAGUAGAAAGAAUUAUUAUUAUUAUUAUUAUUAUUAUUAUUAUUAUUGAUGACUGACUUAAUGUCUUUUAUCAAAACACCCAUAUCUUUUUAUUUAAAAAAAUCUAUUUAUGAUGAAAUUUGUGGUUAUAGGGUUAUAUAUUUUUCUAAAAGCCACUGAGUUUAUAAAUUCACCUUUUGACCAAGUGGUUUUUUAUGUUAUUUUACUACUGAGGUCAGCUAAUCAAACACCCAGUGUUGGCAAGUCAAAAUAGGAUAUUUAUUCAUGUAUAAUAUGCAGUGAAGGGCAAUCUUGGUGAUUUUAGUCACUUAUUCACCAUGGAAACCAGGUAACCAGCCUUAUGGGUUCCAGGGCUGAAGAGAAAUUUAUAAAAACAAUAUUCUACAGGAAAGAUAUUUUUUCUAGGAUUUUAUUGAUCAUAAUCAAGGGUGUGCAUUAUACACAAGUGCAUCACCAUCAUCAUCAUCAUCAUCAUCAUUUAACAUCUGUUUUCCAUGCUGGCAUGGGUUGGAUGGUUUGACAGGAGCCUCACCAGGUUCCACUGUCUGCUUUGGCAUGGUUUCCACAGUUGGCUGCUCCUCCUAACACCAACCACUUUACAGAGUGUUCUGGGUGCUUUUUAUAUGCCACCAGCACCAACAAGUGCAUAUUAUACACAAUUAUAGUGCCACAAAACAUAUUUGUUUCUGUUUUAGCAUUUAUCUUGUGUUACAUGAAGUCUGUUUGUUUCAUUGUAGCCACCAAGAUGUUGCAUCCUGUUGAUGCAUCACUUGGUCUAACAUUGGAGGGCCAGUGUUACCAUUAUCUGGGUUCAGAAAGACUGGUUUUCUGAGAUGGAGAAUGGUAAUAGGAAGUGGAAUAGGAACUCAGAAUAUAAAGAAUCAAAACAGACAUCAUCUUGAAUCAUCUUGUCUGCUGCUUUGUUUUGAGAUCUGUUCUUGUCUGAUCCAUUCACUGUUUCACUUUCCUACUAACUUGGAACGGUACUUUAAUUGACCCACAAAAAGAAAGAAAAAAAAUAAAAAGCAAAGUUGACCUCCUGUGGAUUUGAACUCAGAUCACGGGUAACCAGAAUAAAUACUGAACUCAUUCUCUCUCUCUCUGAUGCUCUAACAAUUUCUCACAAUUUACUACUUUAAUACAAAAAGAAAAAAAAAA